AUGGCGUUGCUCUUUGUUUUUGUAUUGCUGAGGUUACAACCCUCGCAAGCACUAUCUGUAUGCUCUGAGUGCGAUGCUCAUACUUCAAAAGUGUUGAAUACCUCAGUAGAGUUUAACAAAAUUUUUCAAAAAGCAUUUCCUACUGACUACAAAUUCUCCCUAUCUGAAAUGAGACCCGGAAUAUGUGAAGCAACAAUUGCUUUUAUUGCUGGAAAAUUUUACCUUCAUAACAGGUCAAGAACAGGUUUCAACAGCAACAGAGAUGAGAAAAAUACUUUGUAUUUAAGGCAUAAAGAAUUUUUUGAAUCGCUCCGUGAUCAAAUUAGACAAACAGAGCGCUAUAUAGGAAGUUCAGUUCCAAAUUUUUUAUUUAAUCUUGAAACGCAAGAUAACCCCUCUUGCAAGUAUCCGCCCGAAGAGAAACGUACCAGCUUAUUUCGAGUCAAAGGGGUAGUGCAUCACUCGUUUUGUUCUCCUCAACUAUGCGAUGGAAUAUUUUUGCUACCGAUGUCAUAUAACCAGAACAUAAGAGCAAGUUUGACUACGAGGAACCUUGACUCAAAAGCAGCAGAAAUACCUUGGAGUACGAGGAGAAAAAAGUUAUUUUGGAGAGGAUCAAACAAAGGCAAAAUGUCGGAGUAUCAAUUCUUCAAUUGGAAAUUCUCUGAAAUGCCAAGGCAACGUGCGAUUAGGUUGUUACGAAAAAGAAAAGACUCUGAUGUAAAGUUUGGCUUUGUUCCAUGGUCAGAGUUCGCACAACAUAGAUACAUAUUGUCACUGGCAGGUAAUACAUACUCUUCGCUCUUUAAGCAUGCCCUCAGAUCUGGAUCUUGUAUAUUGAGACAGGAGGAGCGGAUGUUUGAAUGGUUUGAACCUUUCCUGGCAGAAUGGAAACACUAUAUUCCUGUUAGAUGGGAUCUUAGUGAUUUAUUGGAUAAAUUGGACUGGGCUAAAACGAAUGAUAAAGAGGCGAAAAGAAUAUCAGAAAAUGCAAGAAAGCUUGGAAUCCAUUUGUUAUCAACAAAAAUGCUUUCGUGCUACACAUAUUGCGGGAUUAAUUAUUUCAGUAAUCUCACAGAUCAUACUUUAGAUAUGGACUUCAUUCAAAAUGAAUUUCACCUGGUUAGAAAGGUUUGUAGUAGUAAACGAAGUAAAAGGAACGAUUGCUUUGAUUUGGUUUGA